AUGCAAGAUCCUCCAGGUAGUGUUAAUGAGGAUAUACUGGAUCGCAUUCAAGGUUCGAUGGUUGGAAUGGCCUUAGGUGAUGCCCUCGGUGCUCAUGUCGAAUUUCGACCUCGACAAUAUCUACUCGAACAUCCAGUGACUGAUCUUCAAGGAGGAGGAACAUGGAGUCUCAAUAAAGGACAGGUAUCUUCUCUCCACAUGAACUUCUUACUUCUCACUUGA